GUGGCCCUCGAGGGUCGCGCCAUGGUCUUGGCCCACCUCCACAAAACGCGGUCCCUGGCUAACUUCGGGAAGGGCCACCUCUUCUUGGGUGACGCCAAGGCUAGCAUUUUGGCAGUCUCGAAGGGUCGCUCGCCAUCGAAGCUGAUGCGGAUAUGUCGGCAGAUCGCUGGCCUCAACCUAGCUUGUGGUAUGACUUUCCACUGGAGGUGGCUCCCGUCAGAGCACAAUCCCGCCGACCGCGGCUCAAGGCGCAAGGCAGGCGACUGGGCCGAGGCUUCCCUUCGACACCGAGAGCCCGAAGAGCCCUCGUGUCAUGCCCCCGCGCCGAGGCAUGCUCCCGUGGGCGGCGACAGCUGCGGCCACCGUGACCGACGAGUCCGAGCCUUCGCAGCCCGCCUCGGGCGCGCCCGUGGCGCCGAGGUCAGCUCCGCUUUGGGCGGCUUCGCCCUCGCCGACACCGGCGCCGACGCUUCGGAGGACUUGCCGGAAGCGUCCUGCGAGCUGCCCGGGCCCCCGGCCCCGCGAGGCCGACCUCCGCGCCGCGAGGGCCGCCCGCCGUCGGAGGGGCAGGAGCCCACCUUCGACGAGAACGGCCUGACGCUGCUCGAGAGACGAACGGUUCAGCGCCCACAGGAGGCGAGGUACAAGCACUCGGUGACGAUGUUUACCCAGUGGUGCCUGACCGAAGGCCUCCCGACGCACGCGACCUGCCAGCUCGACCAGGUGGUGGUGGCGUACUUCACCGACCAUUUCUUCGCGGGCAUGUCGAGCUCAGCGGGCUCGUUCUUGCUGGCGGCGCUGACGUACUGCCAACGGGGCCUGUCCGCCAUGGCGCCCGAGCUGCCGCGGGCGCGGCGAGCGCUGGCGGGCUUCUUGAAGGUAACCCCGAACCGCUCCCGCUGGCCUCUGCCCUGGCCGCUCGCGGCGCUGAUCGCGGUGAAGCUGUGCGAGAUGGAGCAGUGGCGAUCGGCGGCCGCGACCCUCCUGUGUUUCGUGUUCUACACGCGCCCCUCGGAGAUCCUGCGCCUGCGGGUGAAGGAUGCGGUGCCGAGGGCUCUGCAGCCGCUGCUCGACCUCAGGUACGCAAUCUGGGCCGCCCAGUUCUCCCAGGCCGCGGUCGAUGUGGGCCUCGGGGCGCUCGGCCCCCCCCCCGCGCUGCAUCAGCUGCGACACGGGGGGGCCGGCCAAGAGUUGGCUGAACGCGCCCGUCCACUGGCCGAGAUCAAGAAGAGGGGGCGCUGGGCAGCCGACAGCAGCGGGCGCCGCUACGAGAAGAGCGGGCCCCUCCCGACCCAGCUGCAGCGGGCCUCCGCCGACGCUCAGCGCAAGGCCCACGCCGCCGCCAGCAGCAUCGGCUCGAGGAUCUUGAAGCUGCCGUCCAA